AAAAAACCCAACAAAAGAAUUUAUUGGUUCAUCAUACCCAAAAUUUCACCUAUAUGGGGAAAAUCAUACUCUAGUUCUUAAUUUAGGUAGUUUUUUUCCCUUAGCAAUUUUCAAUUGCCAAGCCAAAAACCGAGAGAAACCCAUUUGCAGGCAUGGCGCUGCCCGUUGAACAAGCUAAAGUAAAAGAAGACCCCGUUGCCAUUAGCGUAAACGAAAUGCUUAAGAGCUCAUCACUAGCUUCUCCUAAGCCUUGCAUUUGCAAAGUACCUAAUUAUCUUCGUCAGGUGAAUGAAAAGGCCUAUGAACCACAACUCAUUUCAAUCGGGCCAUACCAUCGUGGUAAACAUCACUUGAAAGCAAUGGAAGAGAGAAAGAUUGGCUUCCUUCAACAACUUGUUGAAGAAACAAUGGUGAUGAAUGCUUCAAAAUAUGUCAUGAAAAUGAGAGAAUUAGAAACACAAGCUCGCAAAUGCUAUGAACAACCUUUAUGUCUCGACUCCGAUGAAUUCGUCAAAAUGUUGCUUCUUGAUGGUUGCUUUAUUGUGCAGUUGAUUCGCUUGUGUUUAAAGAAGGAUUUGGUCAAUUAUUACACUAAUGGCUACUUUCUUGCUUUGAUUCAAGACAUUUUGUUAGUCGAAAAUCAACUUCCUUUCUUCGUCAUUUGGGAAUUGUUUUCCGUAAUCGAGACUGGGGUCGAUCAAGGUAUGUUCAUUGAAGCGGUUUUCGAUAUGUUCUUCCAUAGAGUACCCGGAAAAGGACGUCCGAAACAUGAUCUCAUAUCCGUUACAUCAGAAAUCAAACACUUACUAGACUUCACCUAUCACCAUUGCUGUCAUCCUUCGAGUUCCGAAAUGGAAGCCUUAAACGAAACCCGGAAUUUCGAUAUGAAUUUCAUUCGUUGUGCCUUGGAACUCCAAGAAUCCGGAAUCAAAUUCGAAACGAUAGAAGGAAACAGCAUGUUCGACAUUAGGUUCGAAAACAAAACCUUGCUUAUCCCUAAACUUAACAUCGAUGACUAUACCGAAUCAUUCCUACGAAAUCUGAUUGCAUUCGAGCAACUAUUUGUAGCAGACAGAGAUGUAAAGCAUGCAAGUGAUUACAUGAUGUUGAUGGACAGCCUUAUUGAUUCACCUAAAGAUGUGGAAAUACUUUGCCAGCAUGGGAUUAUAAAUAACAUGUUAGGGGAUGAUAAAGCGGUGGCGGCCAUGAUUAACAGUCUGGGAAUCUAUGUAUGCCAUUCCCACAACUUCUAUUACAGUGUAGUGUUUGAGGAUGUAAACAAGCAUUGCAGCAAGCGUUGGAACAUAUGGAUGGCGAAUUUGAAGCACAAUUAUUUUAACAGUCCAUGGUCACUCAUUUCUCUUAUGGCUGCUAUUUUGCUCCUCCUGCUUACAGUACUGCAAACUGUACUUUCAGUACUUUCUUAUUAUCAAUAAUUAUAACAAAUCCUUCUAACUUUGAUUUAAUGUAAAAUGUAAUACUUUUUACUGACUUUUUAUAUGAAUCCUUUCUAUGGUGUUUUGGUUUA